AUGGUGGAUAUGCGAAAUAAAUUAGAUGUUUCGGAUGCUUUGCCAAUGUGGAAUUCUAAUCUUGGAUUAUCAACACCAAGCAAGUGUGCAGCAACAAACUGUGAGUGUAAAACAUUCCAGCCUAUUUUAAGUAAUAUACGUCAAUGUACAAAUUGUCAUCAUUCCUGGAGUUUUCAUGUUCUACCGAAAUUAAUGAAUUUACCGAUGUAUUUCGAAACAAGUAAUUCACCACAGACUAUAAUGCUUAGUACAACAAUGGAGUUAUUGAGUAUGUCAUUAUUUGGAUGUCAAGCUAUUCCAAUGCGUAUUAAAAUCCUUUUGGAUCGUUUAUUAUCUGCACAGUUAGCACAUGCUGAUGUAAUCCGACUGUUGUUAACAUUUGGAUGGACAUUUCAAGAUUACAGUCGAGGAUAUAUGUUAACUAAUUCCAACGGUUCAUUAAAAGAUCACUGGGAAAUGUGUAAUUCAGAAGAGGAGAUUAUAGUUAUUCAACAAUUUUUACGUUUUCCUGAAACUCGUCAACUAGCCUACAUAAUGUUAUCUCAAGGAAGCAAUCCAUAUGAACAAAAAGUCUCUUGUCCAAUAACAAGUCGUAAUUUUCCACUAUCAACAUUUUCAAGUCAAUUGUCCACAUCAGGAAGUAUUACGCCUGUUUCUACAAUAGCUGUAACUACUACCACGAAUAAAAAUGUUAACAAUAAUAGUACUGGCAGCAGUUGUACUAGCAGUGGUCAAAUUUCUCCUGAUAUAUCUUCUUAUAAAUUAAAGUCUGAUAUAAAGUGUGGAAGUAAAAAGUUACAAGAUUUCACUGUGGGACUUUUGUCACCACCAGUUACUGAAACAUCCCCCAACAGUACUAGAACAUUAACAAUUUCAUCAUUUUCUAAUAGUUCGUCAGCAUCUGUUUCACCAGCUAACGAGAAUAGUAAUAAUAAUAAUAAUAAACAGCGCAAUACUGGAAGUGUAAUGAAUUCUCCAAAUGGUAUAAAUAAUACUUCAUAUUGUAUGAAAAAGAAUAGAAGUAGUAAUUCUAGUGGAUUUCAAGAUAUGUCUAAAGAUAUUGAUACAAGUCUACUCUCACCUACGCAUAGAACAAUAGGAAAAAACGAUUGUAAACGAAUGAAAUCUAACGGGAAUGAACAAAGCCCAAAUUCUUUAAAUAGUAAUAAUAAUAAUAACAGUGAUAAUGGCAAUAAUAACAGUAAUAAUAGUGGAGGUUUAAUCAACACAAACAUUAAUAAUAUUUUAGCCAAUAGUAAUUGCAAUAAUCCGUUUGUUACUGCAAUGGCUGCAGCUGCAGCAGCGGCUGUAAGUGGAUUCCCAUUGCCACCAGGUAUAUUAAACAGUUUAAAUCCAUUCUUGAAUAAUAAUAGUAAUAAUAAUAAUUCAAUGCUAAGAAAUUCCAAGUCUUUUUUGGAUACAAAAUUGUUAAAUGAACCGCCAGUCAAUAAAUCAGAUUCUCUGAUAAAUUCAAAUGUCAAUUGUUCAAUGGCAGAGAUGAAAUCACUUGAUGAACAGUUUAAUAUUGAUUCCAACCUAUCAUUAUCAUCAUGGACAUCAAAUUCAGAUGUUUUAUUUAAUCCAAGCUUAAUUAACUCAUCGUUUAAUCCGUCAGGAUUUCCUGUUUCAUCACAGUUAACUAAUGCUUUAAUGGCAGCUAUUCAUUCAAAAUAUGCUUCAUCAAUGAUACCAUUGCCUGGAUUAUCAGCAGGAGGUGGAGGAGGGUUGUCGAAUAUUCCUCUUAAUAACAAUACACCUUCAUCGUCAGUGGGAACAGUUGGAGGGAAUACAAGUACAACAACAAUGACAGCGCAUAAGUCUACUUCUUCAGUAUUGUGCAAUAACAAUCCGGCAGUUAGUGCAAAUCUAUGGAAUGAUAACCAAAUCCCAUUGAAUUUGGGCAGUAACAACAAUGGAACUGUACUCAAUAGUAAUAAUAAUAAUAAUAAUAAUAACCAUUUACUUUUAAAUGAACUUCCAUUCAACUCAAUCGAUGCCAAUCUGUUCAGUGGGAACAACUGGCUACCGAAUGCUUUGCACAGUUUAUCAGCUUUGGAACAAGAACGUAUGGAUCCUGAUUUCCUUCAUCUUAAUACCUCACUUGUUCAACGUUUAUCUACGAGUGCAAUAAAACCGAAACAUUUCAAUUCUAAAUAUCUACAAGAAAACAGCCGUCAUUGUAUUCCAGGAUCAUUGACAUCAACACCAAUGACGUCAACAUCAACAAUGACAGUAUUUCCGGGAAUAGUGACAAGCAUGACUUCUACUUCUACGACCUCUUCCAUGACUGUUCAUCCUUCACAUCAAUCAACAAAAAGAAAACAUGAAAAUCGUAGAUUGGAUUUUGUAAAAACACGAAAAAAUGCAACAACAGCACAAGCAUCAACAGUAACCACAUCUAUUAAUCAAACAAAUUCAGCCUAUUCAAUUUCCAUGAUAAGUUCAUCAGAAGACGGACGUAAUGAAGGCAAUGGAUAUAAUUUCUCUCGUAAUAAAAAACGUGUCCUGUGUACCACUUGCAAAAAAUCAUUUUGUGACAAAGGUGCACUAAAAAUACACUACAGUGCAGUACAUUUGAAAGAAAUGCAUAAAUGUACAAUCAAAGGUUGCAGUAUGUGGUUCAGCUCACGAAGAAGUCGUAAUCGUCAUUCAGCUAAUCCUAAUCCACGUCUACAUAUGACACAUUCAAGUAAAAAGUUACCAGAAAAUGCAACAAUUGUUGAUGAUGGAAGUGGUAAAGUAAUUGGUAGACGCAAUCCCUUGCCUAAUUCGGUGCUAAAUCCUCCUUUGUUACCAGUAAUAACGACAACAAACUCAGUAACUGGUACAACCACAUUAUCAUAUUCUGGAUGGACAAAUGAGUUCAACGAUUCCUUACACUUUAAGGAAUCAAGCUCAAAAUGUAAGCCAUCAGCAAAAAGUAUCUUUUCAACAUGUCGACGUAAACGUGACAGAUCUGCCUUGGGGGAUUAUGUUAACUGGCCCCAGUCGUCGGUUGACUCAAUAAGUCUGACGUCAAAUGAUAGUCAUGGACAAUCCAAUGUCGCUGCUGCUGCUGCCUCUUCUCCAAAUCUUCAUUGUCGUCAAGUACAAGAAAAGAAACACCAUUCAAAUGCUUGGAAAUACAACAAAACUGAAGCACACUCUGACGUUGAGAUUGGUAAUAAUGAUCACUGGAAUGAACCCCGAUACAUGAGUAGUAUUGAUGGUAGCUUAGAUGGUAGACGAUUGAACAAUAAACUGGACUGUAUGUCAAGUAAUAACAGUGAAUUUGGUGAAGAUAAUGAUUGUGACGAAGGAAACAGUGAUGACGACGAUGAAGAGGAAGAGGGUAUUCUACUUCCAGAUGGAAUUAGUUCAUAUGCCGGUGAAAAUGAUGACUUUCUGGGCAUUAAUAAUUCAGAACACAAUAUAGACAUAGGUAAUGAUAGCGGAAACGACAAUGAUGAUGAGGAAGAGAUGACUUGUAGUAGUACUGAAAAUGCAAGAAAAACACAAGAGGAGUUGAGACAACAAAAAAGAAGACGAAAACACUUUAAAAGUCAUUCAAUUACACCAACAUCACCAAUAAGUACCAACGAAGUUGACGAAAAAAGAGUAUUCACUGACGUGAAUGAAACUGAUGAAGCACUGUUAGAUGAAAAGUAUCUUCCUAACAAACAAUCAAGUCAAAAAUCAGUAACAUCAGACUUUUCCGCUGCUGUAUUGGCUCAGUCACCUUGCUAGUUGGAUAGGCAAUAUCAGCAUAGGACUUGGAAUAAUACUGCAACAGUCAACCUCCUCUGAAUUACUGUUGAACACAAAAAAAAUGGUUUGAACAUCUCAGUGAACAAAAAGCAUUUUUUCUUACAUGUGAUCAGAAAUAUAAAUAUGCGAAAUCCUUCUGCCCACUUAUUUGAGAAAAUUAUAUACAUGUACAAUUUAUUACUGAAAAAUAUUUGUCUUCAAAAAUGUAGGAAUAACAACAUUCAAUAAUAUAUACUUCUUACCCUUUUAAUUAUUUCGAAAGACCUCUAUUUCAUUUAUAGAAAAUGCUAUCUGUGCAUAAUUUUCUGAUUUAUAAUUUGUAAAUAGUUCAAUAUAUCUUACUUUCUUUCCCAAUUACCUCAUGCUUACUUUAACAACAAAACACACUUUCAUAAGCAAUUCUUUUUUUGAAUAAAUUUCUAAUACAUA